CAGAGCCUCGAGGCCGAGGCGAGCGCUUGCAGCUGGCCGCCCUCCGGGCAACAGGCGCUGGCGCCACUGCCAGGGCGCCAGAGGCGCGACCCCGACACGCACUUUGCCAGGAGCAAGCGGGACCUCGUGAUCCCCGUGGUGAUCUCCCUGUCCGCCGCGCUCGGCGGCUGGGCGGGCGACCGCGGCUCGGCGCGAGAGCAGCCGGGCGUGUUCGAGGAUCUGAACCCCGCCGCCACGAACCCGAUGGUGCGGAAGUACGCCGCCGACUCGGAUCAGGUGCUCAGGCACAUGAGGAUAUCCGUUGGCCUCGAGCGGGAGGCCACGAACAGGACCCGAUCCAGUGGAACAAACACUUGA